AUGGACAAAUCAUAUGGAUUUCAGUUCCAAUGGCCCUUCCCAAAGAAUCCCAAUGCUUUGUAUAGAUUUGCUUCGAAGGAUGUAACUUCAGAUAUAAAUCGCAUAUCAGUCAUCAACAAAAAUCGACUUCUGUCUGCUCUGGAAAAUAAGUCGAGGCCAUUGAUCACUAUAUCAAAUCAUCGUUGUAACAUGGAUGAUCCUUUCAUUUGGUGUCUUUUCACCUGGCGUGAAUUCUUCUCUAACAUAUCAAGAUUUCGGUACACUUUGGCAGCGCAUAACAUAUGCUUCACCAAAGCGUGGCAUACUUUAUUCUUUUCAUUGGGUAAAUGUGUACCCAUUGUUCGCGGUGAAGGUGUUUAUCAAAAGGGAGUUGAUUUUUGUAUUGAAAAACUUGGAGAAAAUCAAUGGAUUCAUAUUUUUCCCGAAGGUAAAGUAACGCCUGUUCCGAUACGGAUCAAAUGGGGUGUAGCGCGUAUGAUUAUGGAAAGCCCAAACCCUCCAAUACUUCUACCUAUAUGGAUACACCAAAUGGCUGAGGUCUGGCCACAGUCGAAGCCAUAUUACCCUAGAGUAGGAAAGCAUGUCACAGUAAUGAUAGGCUCUCAAGUUGAUAUGAAAGAACAUAUGUGGAGGUUCCGCACUGGUUCCGAAUCAGAAAGGCGAAAAGCACUUGCUGAUUUUGUGCAGAAAAAAUUGUUUGACCUCAGUGCUCAAAUUGACCGAACAAAGCCUUAGCUAAUUGUGAAUUAAGUUUGUCAUAUAGUAGGUGUGAAUUAGAGACCACUUCAGGUUCACUUCAGGUUCAACACAAUCUUUACCUUGUUCAUCAUUCCUUUGCACACUUCGCGUUUUUGAUGUUCAGGAGUUAAUAUGUUAUGCUUUUAAAAGUUUCAAGCAUUAUGAUGUCAGGAGGUUUCUUUGGCUUGUUUCUAAUAGAGUUUGUAAAAAUAUGACAACUGUCGUGGUUGGUACGCAGCCAAACUCUGAUCAUUUCGAUUAGUCUACGAUCAGAACGAUGCGAAAAUGUCGUACUU